AUACAAAGAGGCGAAGCGAAGGUGCGUGAACUAUCGCUCUCUCUUGCUGGUGGAGGAAGGUGAGGUGCGGUGCUUCCACUAUACGACGACACAGAGAUAAACUAGAAGAAAGCCUACAGAGAUCUGAGCCAGAUUCUACUCAGAAAAUCUCUCCGUCACCAUCUCGCGACACUCCGGUGUACCGGAAUCUAAUUCUGGAACCGACAUUGCUUCCUUCAACGCCUGCAAGCAGAUUCCGAUUCUGCUUCGAGUAGAUUUCGCGAGUUUUGGAGUUGAUUCAGGAUCCGUAUGAUAUGCACAUUGAUUCUAACUAUAAACAGCAGCAACAUUCUAUAAAUGAAGAGAUUUUAUGGAGGGCUUCUUGUUGCAUCAAUGUGUAUGUUCUUCACGGUGUACAGAUACAUCGACUUGAAGCCUCCCGUUGAGAAGCCUUACAUCACUGCCACUGUUCUCACUCCCAACACCACUCUCCCUCUCGAAUGGCUUCGAAUCACCGUCCCUGACUUCAUGAACGAAGCUAGGAACACUCAAGAAGCGUUGUCUGGAGAUGAGAUUGUCACUGUCUCGACUCUAUUCGUUGAGCAGAACGUCUCCAAGGAAGAGAGAGAGCCUCUGCUUACGUGGAACCGUCUCCAAAGCUUGGUUGAUAACGCUCAGAGCUUAGCGAACGGAGUUGAUGCUAUUAAGGAAGCUGGCAUUGUUUGGGAGAGUCUUCUCUCAGCUGUUGUUGAAGCCAAGAAGCUUGCUGAUGCUAACGUGAACCAAACGAAGAAAGAAAAAGAGGAGCUUUGUCCUCAGUUUCUUAGUAAAAUGAAUGCUACCGAAGAUGAUGGAACUAGUCUCAAGUUGAAGAUCCCUUGCGGUUUGACUCAAGGCUCCUCUAUCACAGUCAUUGGCAUCCCUGAUGGUCUUGUUGGUAGCUUCAGGAUUGAUCUAACGGGACAACCGCUUCCAGGGGAGCCUGAUCCGCCCAUUAUUGUGCAUUACAACGUUAGGCUCCUUGGAGACAAGUGGACUGAAGAUCCUGUCAUUGUCCAAAACAGCUGGACGGUGGCUCGUGACUGGGGCGUUGAGGAGCGGUGUCCAAAUUAUGAUCCUGAUUUGAAUAAGAAAGUUGAUGACUUGGAUCAAUGCGACAAGGUGGUGGGUAGAGAAGUCAACCGAACUUCUUCCACUAGCUUGCAGUCCAACACUACAAGAGGGGUUGCAGCAUCUAAACAUGAAAAAUAUUUUCCUUUUAAGCAAGGUUUCUUAUCGGUUGCUACGCUUAGGGUGGGAACUGAAGGAAUGCAGAUGACAGUUGAUGGCAAACAUAUAACCUCAUUCGCUUUCCGUGAUACACUGGAGCCAUGGCUUGUUAGUGAAGUACGGAUUGCAGGUGAUUUGAAGUUACUAUCCAUUCUCGCUAGCGGUUUACCCACAUCAGAAGAAUCAGAGCAUGUUGUUGAUCUAGAGGCACUGAAGGCACCUCCCCUUUCACCAUUAAGGCCAUUAGAUCUUGUCAUUGGCGUUUUCUCCACAGCAAACAAUUUUAAACGACGGAUGGCUGUGAGAAGAACUUGGAUGCAGUAUGAUGAUGUAAGAUCUGGAAGGGUUGCAGUACGCUUUUUUGUUGGCCUUCACAAGAGUCCUAUUGUUAACUUGGAACUAUGGAACGAGGCUCGGACUUACGGUGACGUUCAGCUAAUGCCCUUUGUUGAUUACUACAGUCUCAUCAGUUGGAAAACACUAGCAAUCUGCAUCUUCGGGACAGAAGUUGACUCAGCCAAGUUCAUCAUGAAAACGGAUGAUGAUGCCUUUGUUCGUGUUGAUGAAGUAUUACUUUCUUUGUCAUUGAUCAACAACACUCGCGGGUUAAUAUAUGGACUGAUCAAUUCUGACUCUCAACCAAUCCGAAACCCUGCUAGCAAAUGGUACAUCAGUUAUGAGGAAUGGCCAGAAGAGAAAUAUCCACCAUGGGCGCAUGGUCCAGGCUACAUUGUGUCCCGGGACAUAGCAGAAUCGGUGAGCAAGCUUUUCAAAGAAGGAAAUCUAAAGAUGUUCAAGCUAGAAGACGUGGCGAUGGGUAUAUGGAUCGCUGACCUAAGGAAACAGGGACUCGAGCCUCAUUACGAAAAUGAUGGAAGGAUCAUUAGUGAGGGAUGCAAAGACGGUUAUGUGGUUGCUCAUUACCAAAGCCCUGCUGAAAUGACUUGCCUCUGGCGUAAAUACCAAGAAACCAAACGGUCUCUUUGCUGCCGCGGUUGGUAAAACGAACAUUAUUCACGUCUGCGUUCACAGGUACAGAAAGAGAAUGUGGUUUUGUCAGUUAAUUCUUUGUUGUAAAACAUCUGAUUUGGUUUGUUAGUACAAAGUAGAUUAGAAGAUAUGUAGUUUAGUUUUAGUUGUAUAUCUAAAUUUUCUUUUGAUCUCUUUUAUUCGACGGGUGGUGUAGAGACGUAGGAGAAGCAUAUUAUACUUGUAUAUUUUCACAUCAUCUCGAAAAAAUCAAUUGUUAUUGCUUAGUAUUCACAUGUGUGAGGUGUUCUCCACUUCAUAGUGACACGUUUAUUGCUAAUGGAUAAGAGCAAUCACUGUCUUACAACUCAAAUUAUUCAUAAUUAUUUGAGAAGAAAGUCUGCCAGUUUAAUAUUUUCUAGAUCUUUCCACCACUCUCUUUUGCAACUCUUAAAUCGUCAAAGGCCAUCUAUUCGAUCAGCUAGGAUCUUCUAUUCUUUUGUUUCCUAUGGCGACAGAACAAGAAGCUGAAACUGUAAGAGAGACUUCCUCUGUUUCCGGAAGAUUUCCAAGGAACAGAGACUUGUACCUCUUCUUGCCUUUCUUCCUAGGCUUUUCUAAUCAAGAAUCACCAGACAGAGACGGUGAUGUUGCUUCGACGCGUGACCGUGUCAUUCUAGUCAACCCUUUUACGCAAGGAAUGAUCGUCCUCGAGGAGUCAUCGGGAUUGAAUCCUCUGCUUCGCGGCUUAAUUGAAUCACGUGAGGAAGGUCAUCCUCCAGCGUCCAAGGCUUCCAUCGAUGCGAUGCCGGUCGUUGAUAUCGAGGACUGCCAAGGUGAGUGUGUGAUUUGUCUAGAGGAGUGGCAGGCGGGGGAGACGGUGAAGGAGAUGCCUUGUAAGCAUCGGUUUCAUGGAGGAUGUAUAGAGAAAUGGCUAGGGCUUCGUCGGUCGUGUCCUGUUUGUAGGUUCGAGAUGCCUGUUGAUGGAGAUGAGGCUGGGAAGAAAAGUAAUGAUGGGCGAGAGAUUUGGGUUAGGUUUAGUUUCAACGGUGGUGGUCGGAGUGUGAGAGAUUCUUCUGGUCAUGACCAUGGAAACAGUGACGGUGAUGGUAACACUGUUAGAUCUGGUGUAACAAGACCUGUUCUCGAGUCCGAGAAUUAGAGUUACAGAAGAAGGAACUUGCGCCACUCUUUUGCUCCCUUUGUUCUAUGUUUUGUUUCUUAAAUUCUUGUAUUAUAAUGAAAAUCUUUUUUAGAAAAUUUCCUACUGCAAAA